AUGGCUGCCGCCGGGAUCAAACUCCAAGCUGAAUUCAGGACCGGAACCAGCACACAUGGGAUUUGGGAUCCUGUCCCGGUCCCGAGCACUACUCUAAUUGUCAAGGCCCAGUUCAGGUUCAAAUACAAAAUCACUGAGCUGAUGACGCCUCGCGACAUUCCUGAGCCUUUCAAUCUUAAGGGUAGUCCAGACCUCAAUCGUCCCGCGUACGAUGUUGGAAGAGGUAGAUAUGGGCUUGAAAUCAACAAUAAAGACAAAUCGCAGGUGCGGGUGACCACCGAUGAGCCAGAGGUCGCGAUCCCUUUCGAGCUGUGGACGGCGCUCCGACCACGCGCAUUCAAGGGCAAGCGUGGGAAGGGGUUGGCUAUCUCUAGGCCAAACAUAAUAAUCAGGCUCUUUUAUAGAUUGCGAGUAUUGGCCCCCGAAGUUGCGGAAUCCUAUGUUGUUAAAAUGUCAGAGAAAAUAGCUUCGAGUUGUAGGGAUAUCCUGGACAAACUUGACCCGCUCGCAGUUGAUAUUCUAUCCAGUUCGGCGGUUCGGAGAAAACGGCUGGCUGCCAUUCUUCGAACUUCGUUACUAAACCAUGCUGCAGCCGAAUCAUGGGUGAGACUAGGCAUCAUCACAAAAUUGAGAUGCAAGGUGCGAGAGUUAUAUGUCAAUCUAGCGAAAGAAUCAAUAAAUAAGGGUGGCGCGAGGGUAGUAGAGGGUGGAGGUACCGAAACAAUCGCUCAUCGCUUUCAUUCAAUGCCCGUAACACACCAGACGCGUCCUGAGCCGACACUUGUUUGA